ACCGCCUCGGAGUCCAAGCUCGGCCUGCGUCCGUGCGCUCCGCCGCAGUCAUGGGGCUGCAGCCCCUGGAGUUCAGCGACUGCUACCUCGACAGCCCGUGGUUCCGGGAGAGGAUCCGCGCGCAUGAAGCGGAGCUCGAGAGGACCAACAAGUUCAUCAAAGAGCUCAUCAAGGACGGCAAGAACCUUAUCGCUGCCACCAAAAGUCUCUCGGCAGCCCAGCGGAAGUUUGCACACUCACUCCGAGACUUUAAGUUUGAGUUUAUCGGGGAUGCGGAGACUGACGAUGAGCGAUGCAUAGAUGCCUCCUUACGGGAAUUUUCCAACUUUUUGAAGAAUCUGGAAGAACAGAGAGAAAUCAUGGCAUUGAGUGUAACUGAAACCCUGAUUAAGCCCUUGGAAAAAUUCAGAAAAGAGCAACUCGGAGCCGUAAAGGAAGAGAAAAAGAAGUUUGACAAAGAGACGGAGAAGAAUUACAGCGUCAUCGAUAAGCACUUGACCCUCUCUGCCAGGAAGAAGGACUCCCAUUUGCAAGAGGCAGACCUCCAAGUGGAGCAGACCCGGCAGCACUUCUACGAGCUCUCUCUGGAAUACGUGUGCAAGCUCCAGGAAAUCCAGGAAAGAAAGAAGUUCGAGUUUGUGGAGCCUAUGCUGUCCUUUUUCCAGGGGAUGUUCACUUUCUAUCAUCAGGGUCAUGAGCUCUCCAAAGACUUCAAUCACUACAAAAUGGAACUUCAGAUCAACAUUCAGAAUACACGGAAUCGAUUUGAGGGAACCAGGUCAGAAGUGGAGGAGCUUAUGAAUAAAAUCAGACAGAAUCCCAAGGACCACAAGCGAGCAAGCCAGUUCACAGCAGAAGGCUACCUGUAUGUCCAGGAAAAAAGGCCUGCUCCUUUUGGGUCAAGUUGGGUCAAACACUACUGCAUGUAUCGGAAAACAGCCAAGAAAUUCAACAUGAUCCCGUUUGAGCACAGAUCUGGAGGGAAACUGGGGGACGGAGAGGUGUUCUUUUUGAAAGAAUGCACCAAAAGGUAUACUGACUCCAUUGACAGAAGGUUUUGUUUCGACAUUGAGGCUGCUGACAGACCUGGUGUCCCCUUGACCGUGCAGGCGUUCUCAGAGGAGGAACGGAAGCAGUGGCUGGAGGCCCUGGGUGGAAAAGAAGCCCUGCUCCAUACUUUUAAUAGCGCCAUCAUCCCGAGACCAGAAGGAGGGGCACAGCUGGAUAAGAUGGGGUUCACAAUCCUCCGGAAGUGCAUCAGUGCGGUUGAAACACGAGGUAUAAAUGACCAAGGACUGUACAGAGUUGUGGGGGUGAGUUCAAAGGUCCAGAGACUUCUGAGUAUGUUGAUGGACGUCACAACAUGCGAUGAGCUGGACCUGGAGAAUUCCGGAGACUGGGAAGUGAAGACUGUAACCAGCGCCCUGAAACAGUACCUGAGGAGUCUUCCAGAACCGCUCAUGACCUAUGAGUUACACAGAGACUUCAUUGUUCCGGCCAAAAGUGGGAGCCCGGAAUCCCGUGUUAAUGCCAUCCAUUUCUUGGUACACAAACUGCCAGAGAAAAAUAAGGAGAUGUUGGAUAUCUUGGUGAAACACCUAACCAACGUGUCAAAUCACUCGAAGCAGAAUCUAAUGACCGUGGCAAACUUAGGAGUGGUGUUUGGACCAACUCUGAUGAGACCACAGGAGGAAACGGUUGCUGCCAUCAUGGACUUGAAGUUUCAGAACAUUGUCGUAGAGAUCUUAAUUGAAAACCAUGAGAAGAUUUUUCGGACCUCGCCUGAUACCGCAUUCCCUGAGCCCUCCUGCCUGUCAGUGUCACCCCCAAAUGCUCCACCGCGGCAGUCGAAGAGACAAGGGCAGAGGACCAAGAGACCGGUGGCUGUGUACAACAUCAAUGUGGAACUGGAACAUGGUGACAGUCCCAGCCCUGUCAAGGAGGAUCCGCCCACUAGCAGUCAGGACUCGCUGUCCACGCUGUCCUCUCCGUCCCCCACAACGUCAGCUGCCCACGGGCCUCCUGGACCAGACGGAAACCACCUUGCAGCCGAUGGAGGGAACUGUGGAGAGGGCGCAGCCACUACGCCCAGCCAGAGCCGGCCAUCCAUGGUGCAGUGGCUAAACAUGCAGUCUCCAACCACAGCAAGCUCCAACCCAGCCGGUACACCUCCUUCUCCCAGGAUGUCACCUUUCCCCGUCUCUCCUGCUGCCUCCAUUGCAGACAAGCUGCCUGAGUGCGUUAUCAAUCGCAAGGCCCGUGCGGUGUACCCGUGUGAGGCAGAGCACAGCUCGGAGUUGUCAUUUGAAAUAGGAGCCAUUUUUGAGGAUGUUCAAACCUCAAGGGAGCCUGGCUGGCUGGAAGGGACCCUGAAUGGCAAGCGAGGCCUGAUUCCACAGAACUAUGUCAAGCUGCUGUAGCUUCCGGCCUGAGGGGGCUCCCACUGAUCCUGGCACACCGAGCACCACCCUGGAAACAGCACCCAAACGCCACAGUCAUGCUCAAGGACUGCGGAUCACCAUGGGCACUGCAGGGGUGGGGGAGGGGACGAACUUGCCACCCAGGACGGUGCAGAUGUGGGCGUGUGGAGAGCAUGGCCAGCGUUGUUGGAUUCUCAUCCGGCAGGCACUGGGGCUUGUGA